AUGGUAACUUGUUAGUUAAAUAUAUGCAAGAAAAAAGGAGAUAAAAAUUACGAAUAUAGUUUCACAUAAAUUUAUGAAGAUAAAAAUUAAAUAUCAUAACAUUUAAGAAUUUUAUAAUAAUUUCCACCUUUACUCAAAGAUGACUGCAUUACUUAUCCAUGCUUCAUUCGUAGUGAUAAUUAAGAUUUUAUAGGUUUUUUCUAGAAGAAUAAAAAACAAUCUUUUUAUCUUGAAGAAUUAAUUUAAUCUAAUGACUAAAAAGCCUAAUAAAACAUGAACUCAGAGUUAAUUAUUUUCUAAUGGAGUGAUCGCUUUACUCUCCAUGAAUUGAAUUAAAAUUAAGUUAUAAAAUAAAAUCUUGAGUUUCAAUUCUAUUUUUAAGAUGAAUAUAAUUAAAUGGAUAAGAAUAGCAUAUUAUUAUACCAUUACAAUAAAUUUAAGUUUGAAAUGAUAAUAAUUCGCAAAAUUUCAAUUAAUUACAUGGAAUACUAUUACAGUUUAAAUGUAAUUAUGCCCACAAAAUAAAAAGAUUCAAAUAUAAACGAUAUUGAGUCUCUCAAAACUUAAAUUUUGUGCUUUUCUAAAUUUGAAACAGACUCCGAAAAUAAUAUUUAUAUACCUAUAGUUUAUUUAGAAAGCGAAAACAAAUUAUUUGGAGUGUAUAAUUUCAGCAUUAAAUAAAUGAUAAAAGAAUCAGUUCGCUUAUCUGAUUACACUAAGAACAUAGUUUCUACUUUUGAUAAAGAAACUAAACAAUUUAUCCUGAUCUUUAAUAAUUAGAUUUGCAAUCAAAAUUACAUUGCCUUUUAUUCGUUUGAUUUGGUUAAACUUAAAUAUAAGUUUAUAAAUAUGCAUAAAGUUAACUAUACUUUAUAAAAUAGUAUAUUGUAAAGUAAAAGACAUACAUUAGUACUUCUAAAUAAUGGUAGCUAGAUAGUUAAGUUUGAUAGAAAUAAGAAAUUUGAAGUGAAAAAAGUAAUUAAUCUCCAAUAUCUACAACCAUUCUAAGAUGCUAGACUUAAAGAAUACUUUAUUUACAUAAAUGGUAAAUUAUCUAAUAAUAUUUUAUACAAAGGAGAAUAUCACUAUUACUAGUAUAUACACUCAGACUAUGUUACGAAACAAGUAAUCCUUUCAGUUUUAAAUCAAAAAAACUAAACUUUAGAAUUUUUCAACCUUAAAUAUGACAAAUAAUCUAAAGAAUAGGCUGAUAAUUAAAAUAGUUAUUCAUAGAACAUUCCUAAUGUUUGUUAGCUAGAUAAUGGAGAAAUAAUAAUUUUUAUUGAACAUAGAAUUUUUAUGCUAAAGAAUAGCUAUGAAUGA